UCCUCCCGCGCCCUCCUCCUCCGCGCGCGCAGCAUGGCGCCCCCCCAGGUCCUCGCGAUCGGGCUUCUGCUCGCGACGGCGGCGGUGGCCGCGGCUCAGAAAGACUGUAUCUGUGAAAACUACAAACUGACCACAAACUGCUCUGUGAGCAUGGAUGGUCAGUGCCGGUGUACUUCCAUCGGCACACAACAUUCCGUCGUCUGCUCAAAAUUGGCUACCAAGUGUUUGGUGAUGAAGGCAGAAAUGUCUCACUCCAAGUCUGGGAGGAGACCAAAACCCGACGACGCCAUUCAGAAUAAUGACGGGCUCUACGAUCCCGAGUGUGACGAGAACGGGCACUUUAAAGCCAAGCAGUGCAAUGGCACCACCACCUGCUGGUGUGUGAACACUGCCGGCGUCCGAAGGACGGAUAAAGACACCGAGAUAACCUGCUCCGAACGAGUGAGGACCUACUGGAUCAUCAUUGAGCUGAGACAUAAAACAAGAGAAAAACCUUAUAAUACUCAAAGUUUGCAGACUGCGCUCACGGAGGUAAUCACAACUCGUUAUCAACUGGAUCCAAAAUAUAUUGGAAAUAUUGUGUAUGAGAAAGAUCUGAUCACUAUUGAUCUAGUGCAGAAUUCUACUCAGAAAACUCAGUAUGACGUGGACAUAGCUGAUGUGGCUUAUUAUUUUGAAAAAGAUGUUAAAGAUGAAUCCUUGUUCUAUUCCAAGAGAAUGGACCUGAGAAUAGACGGGGAACAGCUGGAUCUGGAUCCUGGUCGAACUGCCAUUUACUAUGUUGAUGAAAAACCACCUGAGUUUUCAAUGCAGGGCCUAAAAGCUGGUAUUAUUGCCGUCAUCGUGGUUGUGGCUAUAGCACUCAUUGCUGGAAUCGUCGUUCUGAUUAUUUCCAGAAAGAAAAGAACGUCAAAGUAUGAGAAGGCUGAGAUAAAGGAGAUGGGUGAGAUGCAUAGGGAACUCCACGGAUAACUGCUGUAAUUUGAAAAGUAACUCGAAGAAGGGAAAUUAGCAGAUGGACUCAGAUUACAAAUGUAUGAGCAUGGGACAGAGAAAUCUUUGCAGACUAUUUUAUUAGUUAACAUAUAUUUGUAAUAGUGAAACCUGUACUCAAAAUAUAAGAGCUUGAAAUUGACUUUACCAAUCUUAAAAACUGACCACAAAUGUCAUGCAUAUACAGUUCUGAUAGUCCCGGACCUUGGGCUGCAUAGUUAAAAUUAUUUAUACACAACAGUGAAGACUGUGCAUUAAAUAUGCUUCCACAGUAGAGUUUGAAUGACUCCUGACUCAUCCAUUUGUGAUUGAAAGCUGUCUAUUUACUUUUGAGUCUUGUACAUAAAAACCUUUUUUUUUAUGAACUACAAAAUAAACAUUUUAAAACUGAA